AGAUCAAGGACACAUGAUGGCGGCACUGUUCGCCUCAACUGUGUAGUUCAUAAUUUGUCCAUACACUCGUACUCGGUACACUCGUAUGUACGUAACGGAGAAUUUCUAAAAGCGUAAAAUCCAACAUAUGAAGAAGUUCAAAUAACAUCAGUGCAACUUUGAACAAAUCUAUGUUUACAUCGAAUAAGUAGACAAGGAACCAACAAGUUGACAAUAUCAUUGCGUGAAUGAAGUAUGUUAGUGUAAAGAUGAUAUUCAUCACAUGGUCACAUUAAUCUAACUACUUUUUGUUACAUCAUUCGAUAAUCGAUGCAACAAAUUUUAAAGGAUUUUUCUUUCUUCACUUUUUAAACCAACGUUGUAUAAUUGUGAAUAAUAAAAAUGUCUCCGAGAAUAUUCAUUGUCAAAUUUGAUAGACCUAGUGCUACUUACAUUCCAGGAGAAAAUAUAACUGGUUCUGUAACAAUCGUAUUGGAUCAAACGAAAAGUGUUCGAGAUGUAAAGAUAUAUUUCAAAGGAGAAGCUAAAGUUCAUUGGACGACAACACGAUCGGAACGAGAUUCACGAGGUAAAACAGUUUCAAGAACUGUUCAUCACACCGCUACAGAAAAAUAUUUCAGUAUUGAAUUGUCUCUGUUAAGAAAAUCAACAGAGGAGGUGGAACUUCCGGUAGGAGAAAGUGUAUAUUAUUUUUCUUUUCAAUUACCAACAAACAUACCGUGUAGUUUCGAACAUAAAGUAGGAUAUAUUCGUUAUACGGCAAAAGCAAUCGUCGAUAUCCCAUGGAACUUCGAUUGGUGGACUAAAUCUGCAUUUACAGUCGUAACAGGGCUUGAUUUGAACCCUAUUUCGCAUCAAUGCGUAGGAAUAGACGAUGAGACAUCAAAAAAUUUUUAUUGUCUUUGCUUCAACAGAGGUUUGAUACGCGUUAGAAUAAGAAUUCCAAGUACAGGGUACGUUCCGGGACAAUACAUAAUGACAGAAGUAUUCUCCAAUUUAAAAUCAGAAAAAGUUCAUGUAACGAAAAUUUCCGCAAAAAUAGAAGAAGAACUUACCUUUCAUGCACACGGCUCAACGAAAAGGGAUUUAAUCGUAAUACAAAGGGAUCAAGACGAAGGACCAAUUACAGCGAUUCAUCAAUCGAAUUUGAAACUAUAUGUCCCAUCUCUACCACCAUCUAAUUUAGAAUAUUGUGGUAUUAUUGAUUUGAAAUAUUAUCUACGGGUGAACGUUCAUGUUAGUGGUUUGCACAAAAAAGUCGAUAGAAAAUAUCCAAUAUUAAUUGGAACCCAACCUCUAUUUUCUUCAACAUGGACACCAUGGGCUUCAACAAAUAAUACUAAUCCAACAGCUCCAAUUAUUGAUCAAGAACCAUCAGUGUCUACUUCCAUAAAACCUAUACCUGGACCUAUGCCCCAACCUGAAAUUAUUCUACCAUCAAUACCUCAACCGAAUAUCAAYGGGCCUCAAUCAUCAAAUCACCCAAUAGGAUGGCACAUGCCACCUCCUUCUUAUGAAGARUGUAUGCAAAAGGCUGAUAAUAUCAAAGACGAAGAUGAUUCGAAUUCCGUAUAUGGUGCUGAUCUACCAUUUGCACCGAGAUAUCCGGUUUUCAAUUUUCUUACUCCUAAUCCAUCAAAGUAAAUUACUUAAAUGUUAUGUUUAUAUACUGAGCGUAUCGAUCAAAGUACAAAACUUAUAUAAUAACUUUUUAUUACUUAAUUGUUUCUAAUGACAAUAAGAGACAAUACAUAAGUAUUUUUUACUUAUACAAUAGAUUUUUUUCUUGUACUUUUUUCUAUGGUUGCUGUGUAUACUUAAAACUUAUUUCAAAGCGAUCAUCAUACAUGUAAUAAAAUGAUGAAGGCAAUUUUAACACGAACAAGUGCAAAGAAAAUAAUUAAUUUAUAACAAAACAAAUAUAUCUAAACAAUCAGCACACAUGAAAAAUACUUUUAGUAUAUAAUAUUUAAUUAUAAAAAAUAUAAUUAAAAUAAUAUUUCAAUAUAUACGAACAACAAGUAAUUGUUAACGUAAGGAUGUAAUGAAUGCAUCUAGUUUAAAUCUUUUUAUCGAUUGUUACAUCUAUUUGCCUGGAAAUAAAAAAGUAUUGUAAAUUUAUUAAGAUUAUUUAAAAACC